ACAAACCGAGGCGGAAUCACAGUGACACACCCGGAAGUGACGCCUCCGUCAAAAUAAGCAGACACAGGCAACUGUAUCGCAGGUCUAUUUAUCUCUGUGGUAAUCUGUUAAGAAUACAAAUACAAAGAUGUCUUCGGAUUUCGAGACGUAUGAACAGGAUUUUGGGACACUUACGGCAGAAAUAACCAACAAAGUCGGAAGAAUACCCAAAUUAGCCGGUGAGGAGAAGACACAGCUGGUUCUAAAUGUCGACAAACAGCUUGAAGAAGUCAGAGAGUUGUUGGAGCAGAUGGACCUUGAGGUUCGAGAGAUCCCCAUUCAGAGCAGAGGCAUGUACAACAGCCGUCUGAAGAGCUACAAGCAAGAAAUGGAAAAACUUGAGAAAGAUUUUAAAAGGUCACGUAUUGCCUACAGUGAUGAGGUGCGGAACGAGCUCCUGGGGGAGGAUGGAGCCUCCUCGGAGACUCAGUUGAUAAAGUUACGUGAGGAGAGAGCACAUCUGUUGGACAACACAGAGAGACUAGAAAGGUCAUCUCGGAGGCUGGACGCCGGCUACCAGAUAGCUGUGGAAACCGAGCAAGUGGGGCAGGAGAUCCUCGCCAACCUUCACACCGACCGUGAAAAGAUCCAGAGGUCCCGGGACCGGCUGAGAGAGACGGACACUAACCUGGGCAAGAGCUCUCGGAUCCUGACCGGCAUGCUGAGAAGGUAAGAGGAAGGAUCAUUCAGAAUCGGAUCCUGGUCUUCAUCCUGGGGGCCAUCAUCCUCCUCACCAUCGUCUUGGCCAUCUAUUUCAAUUUGCGAGGGCACUGAUCUCCACCGACUGGCCCCAUGCGAGCGUGUGUGAGUGUGUACGAGAGGGUGUGUAAGAUUAAUAGUGACAAAAGCGUUGGGCUGGAGUAAUUAGGACAAAUUGUUCACAUGAAUCAUUCCUGGUGGGUUGUGACAGGAGGCCUCUCCUCUCUGCUCUCUCCGAGCGGAGCGGAGCGGCCCUUGUAUUUAUACAGCGGCUAUUACUUUUAAAACCCUUUGUGGGAUCUCCACGUGACUCUGACCCGUGCGGACUACAGGACCAUGAUGGAAGGAUGACAAGCACAGAUGGAUGAAGAACAAGAUCAAGAACAUCAAUUCAUGUCAUUCUGUUUUAAUGUAUUGUUUUGAUUUGUUGGUAAGGCAAUGUAGACUAGUAAAAUCCCAUCUAUCAGGUGUGUGUGUGUACGUGUGUGACGUACCCCGUUGCAGUACGGCUUAACACACAGUGCAAAAUCACACAGCCCAAAGGUCACACUCCCAUCUCGGUCCCCCUUCAUCCAGGAUUAGUAGCUUCUCACGCUGUUCCUCUAAGGUCAGUAAAGACCUCGCAUGUGUUUAGUUAAACAAGCGCGAACGCUUUGAACAAGGUAUCACCCGUGUCCACUUUUACCUUUACUAAUCAGAUCUGACAGCAUGGUAGUGUGUGUAGUCAACUGUACUAAUAUAAAAUGUUUUCUGUAUUUAUUUGUCUCGUUUCAGAUUUGAUUAUACUGUAUUUUUCUGUAUCGUUUCUUUCAAUUGAUCUUCAUUUUAGCCGUUGGUGUAUGACAUUAAAAAUAUAUCAUGUCUUUACUGUAACAA